AUGGAUGGUGGAGAGGACGAGAGUGAACAGAUGUGUCUUUGCCUCUUCAGCUUUCAUGAAGAGAAGACAGUAGUGCCCCACCUGGUUGCUAAACUCUGUUCUGGGACUGAACCGGUUUGUAAAAGUAAUCAGUUUCUGGGACCGGAAGGAAAUGUGGAUAUUGAGUUGAUUGAUAAGAGUGCAAACAGAUACAGUGUCCACUUCCCCGUGGCCGGCUUCUAUCUGUGGCCAGCAACAGGCCUUGGCUUCCUGGUAACAGCAGCAGUGACCGUGACGAUUACGUUCGAUUCUUGGGGUCGGCACCUGGACCUGAAGUUACAGCAUCACGAGAAGUGGAUGGUGGCCGGCCCUUUAUUUGACAUCUCUGUGGAGCCUGAGGGGGUCAUCACUGAAAUCCACCUCCCCCACGUCAUCUCCCUCCCAGCAAACGAGGUCGAUAUCUCUUGGUUCCAAGUUGCUCAUUUUAAGGAUGAAGGGAUGGUCCUGGAGCCACCAGCCCGAGUGGAGCCUUUCUAUGCCAUCCUGGAAAACCCUAGCUUCUCUCUGAUGGGGAUCCUGCUGAGACUUGCCAGAGAGACCUGUCUUUCGGUCCCCAUCACAUCCACGGCACUAAUCUAUUAUCACUUCCACCCCGAAGAUGUGAAAUUUCACUUGUAUCUUAUCCCCAGCGACUCCUUGCUAACGAAGGCAAUAGAUGAGGAGGAAGCUAAAUUUCAAGGUGUGCGUCUGCAGACCUCGCCCCCAGUGGACCCACUGAAUUUUGGUUCCCGUUAUAUUGUGUCUUGUUUGCCUCCCCUGGAAAUAAUACCCAAGGAGUUGAAAUUAUCCUACAGGAACCCUGGAGAAAUCCAGGUCUUCUCUAAAGUCUAUGCUGGGAGGAUGAAGGAACCAAUCAUGCUUGAAAUUACUGACAAAAGAUACAAGACUUUGAUCUGGUACACUUUGGUGAAGCCAGAGGAGCUCCAGUUUGGUGCUACAUCGGCCCCUCCUCCCCUCCCAGCUGUGGCCUUUAUGAAGGAGCACCAUCGUCAUCUUCAAGCCAGGCUGGGGAACCUGAAUGGAGUCCUGGAUGAUCUUCAGGACCGUGGGGUCUUCACCGAGGAAGAGAAGGAGAUGGUGCAGCAGAUGCCAACACAGCAGAGAAGGAACGAGACCCUACUGAGGAUGGUGGAGAAUAAAGGGCACCAGGCCCAGAAGGUGCUCUUCAAAAGCAUUAGUAGAAGAGACCCUUAUCUGAUGUCCUACCUCAACCAGCAGAGUUUACAACAGUGAUUCAGACCGAUACUCAGGAAGAGAGAAUCCAGUGUUCUCCGCUGAAAAUGGAUAAAUGGACGGGUGAUCAUUGACUUCAGGGUCCAAGGCACGAGGUCCAGGUAACACCAACACAUCACACAGGCUUUCCUGAGGACUGAUGUGUAAUUUCGCGGAGACCUAUUAGUGUAUCCUAAUAUCUUAACGUCAAGAAUAUCUGAAGAGAGGACUACUGCCUCGAAGUGCUUUUUAAAAACAAAUCCUGGGGUGCCUGGGUGGCUCAGUCGGUUGAGCAUCCGACUUUGGCUCUGGUCAUGAUCUCACGGUUCGUGAGUUCGAGCCCUGCGUCGGGCUCUGUGCUGACAGCGCGGAGCCCGGAGCCUGCUUCGGAUUCUGUGCCUCCCUCUCUCUACCCCUUCCCUGCUCAUGCUCUGUCUCUGUCUCUCAAAAAGGUGAAUAAACAUUGAAAAAAUUAAAAAAAAAUCCUGUUUCAUCCAUUGGCACAUUUCUUGGACAUCUGGGCAGAGGCAGAUAAACGCAAGUGUGUUCGUGAUUGACAAGGCCCAGGGAGACCAGUUCUCCUGAGCAAUGUGAGAAGCAAUUCCGGUGAACAUUACCUCUGGGAUGUUACCGUCUCACAACAAAAGGCAGGAAGUCUUACAAAAACUCUCUGUUGGCGGUGGGGGGGGGGCUGGGUGGCUCAGUCAGGUGAGCGUCCGACUCUUGACUUUGGCUUAAGUCAUGAUCUCACGGUUGGUGGGUUCGAGCCCCACUUCAGUCUCUGCACUGACAGUGUGGGGCCUCCUUGGGAUUCUCUCUCUCCCUCUCUGACCCUCCCCUUCUCUCUCACUCUCUCAAAAUAAAUAAAUAAACAUUUUUUUAAAAACCUCUCUGUUGAGGACAUUCAUGGCAUUCCUAAGUCUUAAUGCUGUCGUUAUUAAAAACAUGCUGUGUCUUUAACAUUUUAUCCACUGGUAUUUAUCCCAGAAUGAUCUGAGUCCCUUUCAUGGAACAGAGCACAGGAAUGGAAGCCCAUGCGAACGUUGGCAGAAAACGUUUUGCUGCUGGAAUAUAGGCUGGUACUGGGCGUGGGCAGGUCCACCCAGUGGUGAAGUAUGGAUAAAUGGCCUGCAUAGAACCAGCGAGAGGAAAGAUGAAGAGCAUCCAGCUGAUUCUGAGAGAGGCCCUCCUGGCUAAGGAUGUCACAAAAAUAAGCCUGACAUUUGGCGUCUCCAUUGGGCCCUGCCAUUUUCUAUCCAUCCCAGCCGUCUUUGAACUAGUGUUUGCAUGGCAUAAUUAUUGCUACCCUUUGACUUUGAACUCAACUUAUUUCAUUAUAUUUGAAGUGAGCUUUUGUGGAAGACGGCAUAGAGUUGAGUCAGUUUGUUUUCGUUUUGUUAACCCACGUUGACAAUCUCUGCUUUAAUUGGCACGUAGAGCCGUUUACAUUGAACAUAAUUGUUGACAUGUUAGAAUCUAGCCUGGGUCAGCCACUUUUGUAUUUGUUUUCUGUUUAUGCCCUUUGUGUUGCAUGGCUAUCUUUCCUUUCUUGGCUUUUCAGGGGUUACGUGAAGAGUUUUUUCAGAUUCCACCUUAAUUUAUCUGUUGUGUUUUUGACAAGAUGUGGUCGUGUAUUUUUUGGUGAUUGCACUAGAGAUGAAAAGAUACACACUGAAUGCCUCAGUGGUAGUAUCAAUAUUGUGUUAGAGUAGAAUCUAGAGGGGCGCCUGGGUGGCUCAGUCAGUUCAGUGUCUGACUUUUGAUCUCAACUCAGGUCUUGAUCUUGAUCUCAGGGUCAUGAGUUCAAGGCCUGCAUUGAUCUCUGCACUGGGUGGGGUGUCUACUUAAGGAAAAAUAAAGAUAAAGUGGAAUCUAAAAGCCUUACCACCAUUUUGGCCAUGUUACCUUUUAUGACCGGGUUGUCUUCAAUAUUACCUCUCUCUGUAUAUAAUAAAGUCCCAAACAGAAAAAUGUUAUAUAUGUUUUCUACUUGCAAUUGCUGAGUAUGCUUUAAGAACCCAUGAGGAGGGGCGCCUGGGUGGCUCAGUUGGUUAAGUGUUUGACUUCGGCUCAGGUCAUGAUCUCUCAGUUUGUGAGUUCGAGCCCCGCGUCAGGCUCUGAGCUGACAGCUUAGAGCCUGGAGCCUGCUUUGGAUUCUGUGUCUCCCCCUCUCUCUGCCCCUCCCCUGCUCAUGCUCUGUCUCUCUCUGUCUCUCAAUAAUAAAUCAACGUUAAAAAAAAUUUUUUUUUAAAUCUUUGUCAGGUGCUGGAAGCCGAGCUAUCCCAGCCUGAGUGGCAAGGCCCGGGCUGUGGACGGAUUGGUGACUGCAAGGCGGCCCAGCGACAGUGAAGCUUCUUGUACUCCCGCUCUUAGGUAAUUCGGCCUUAAAACUACCUGGGGUAUUGUCUGUUGGGGAAUUGCCCUCGACAGGCCCCCUGGGAAAAGAGCCAUUAGGAAAGAAAAGAAGGUUCCGCAAGAAAUUGUGCAGCCUUACGUUUAGCCCUUGCCACCCCUUAUGGAGAUGUCUCUACUUACAGAAAGGAUAGCCUCAUGCAUUUGCCAGCAAAGGAGGCCAAUAAAGGAGAGACAUAUGGAUUUGAAAGCCCCACUCCAGUAACUAAGGAGUGUAUCUAUGGACUCAGGUCACUCUAACCCCUGGGCCCACCUGGCUCCCAGGAGGCAUUCCAGAUGAUGAUUGAACCUAGUCGGUUAAGGGACAGAAUGGUUCAUUGGUUCCUAGGUGCAUUGUCUCUCUGAGAAUGUACAAGGCGUGGGUUUCUAAGGCCCUCUUGGCCCCUUCCUGGCACCUCAGACCCAGGCGAACACUUUUGUUCUUCAAAACCACGAAUGGUUCAGGGAAACAACCAAGAGGUCAUGUCCCUGUAACUGUUCCACUUGAGGUGUUGAGACAUAAAUGACCUUUCAUGAGAACAGCAAAGCAAAUACUUUAUAGAUUAUAGAUAAGCAUAGACACAUAAUAAAAACAGUGAAAGAAAUUAAUCAAUAAGCAAAGGGCAGGAGGGGACGUUAUGAGAAAACAAUCAUGGUAUUCCUUAUUGGGUGAUGACACAAACGAACAAUUGAGAAUUGGGUAAUGCCAGAAAACGUAGAUGACGUAUGCUACAAGGAGAUCACCAGCAAAUAUAAUGCCACGUUUGCUACAAUCAAUCGGCCAGUUCAACACACUGCGGUUGUCUGCGUCCAUUUCAUUUUUGUUUUGUUUUAUUUUCACUUUUUCUCCGAUGCCGUUCAUCCUUUGGGAACCCUUGGACCUGCUGGAGCUGGACUCCGGCAGUCAGGUAAUCCCAUCAUUGGUGUCACCUCAUUCUUUGAUGAUUAUUGUUACUUUUUUGGUGUUUAUUGUUAUUUUCCACGUAAGUGGAGAUUUUUGUGGCUUUUCCUUACAUUUUGAGUAAAUUUGGUUGGUAUUCUGGACAUUUGAAUGUUAUGUUAUGAGACGCUGGGUCUUAUUUAUGUGCAAGGCAGAUUGUGGAUUUUUCAAAAAGAUUUUAUUAAAAAAUUUUAAAAUAUUUAUUUAUGUUGAGAUCAUGAGAGGCACAGAGGGAGAGAGAAAUCUCAAGCAGACUCCAUGCUGUUAGCCCAGAGGCUAAAGUGGGUCUCCAUUCUCAGGAAGCACGAGAUCAUGACUUGAGCCAAAAUCGAGAGUCCAAAGCCUAAACAACUGAGCCACCCAGGCACCCCAAGAUUUUAUUUUUAAGUAACCUCCACACCCAACAUGGGGUUCAGACUCACAGCCCAGAGAUCAACAAUCGCACACUUCACUGACUGAGCCAGAUGUGCAUCCCUGGAUUUUUUUUUAAC